CGUCAUCAAUCAAAUGGUCGUCGGCUCAUGUUUAGUUGAUGAGUAUUGAUUCCAGCUCGAGAUCGUUUUCGAAUGCUGAAAAUUCGGAAAUAACCAAAUGUUAAAUAUAUAGUAUAAUGGAUCAACAAAUUUUAGGAUUCAUUCAAGGAAUUCUUCAUUCUGGUGAUAAAUGUAUUAUGUUUAUAGAUGCUGGCCUAGUUCGUGAAUGGGUAAAAACUAGCAGAAUUUUAGUUCUUGUUGAACACAAUGGAGAACAUGGGUUUCUCAUUUGCAUUUCAUCUAAAGCAACGAUUACAAGUAGUGAAGAUAUUUCAAUUGAAAAAACAUUCCCUGUAGAUGAUAAUUUUAAAUGUGAAAUUGAUACUUCUGGUGUAGAUGUGUUAGGUGCAGAUAUUUAUGUUAAAAUUACUUAUCAAAAACAGAAACUACUUUUUGAACUGCAAUAUUCACAGAAAGCAAAUAUGUUUGUUGAUAUGAUUUCAAAAGUUUCAGAAGCAUAUUCUUUAAGAAUGGGACCUCUUCCAAACUUCUUAUGGUUGCAAAAAUAUAAAAUUACUGAUCAAAAUAAUUUAUCAAAUCAUUUUUCCAAUCUUUCGGAUAUGGACAAUGGCUCUAUUAACAACCUUGAAACAAAAUCAAUAAAAUCAGGUAUGGGAUUUGAAGAUAAUUUCUCAGACAUGUUUAUCACAGAUGAUGAUAGCAUUUGUGACACAUCAAAAGAAAAAGAUACAGAUUCUAUUGAUUCAAGAACAAAUGAUCUGUCUUCUCCUGAUAAUUUUGGAAAUUUGCCUCGGCAAAGUAUUGCUCUGGGUGCCACACCUUUAGCUGCAAGAGAGAGUGUUAUACGUAUUCAGAUGGCUAUGAGAGAAGAUGAUUAUACAUAUUUGGAAAAUUUUAAAAUUUUUAUAGGUACAUGGAAUGUUAAUGGUCAAGCACCAACAAUUUCAACAACAGAUUGGUUAAGUAGUGAUGAUGAGCCUCCUGAUUUUUAUGCCGUUGCUUUUCAGGAAUUAGAUUUAAGUAAAGAAGUAUUUAUAUUUAAUGAUACACCCAGAGAACAAGAAUGGUUAGUUGCAGUUAAAAAUGGUCUACAUCCAAAGGCACAGUACAAAAAAGUAAAAUUGAUCCGGCUCAUAGGAAUGAUGCUGAUAGUAUUUGUUAAGGAACAACAUGUUGAACAUAUUCAUAACAUAUCUGCAGAAACAGUGGGAACAGGCAUAAUGGGAAAACUGGGAAAUAAAGGUGGUGUAGCUGUAAGAUUUGAUUUUCACAGUACUUCUGUUUGUUUUGUUAAUUGUCACUUAGCAGCACAUGUAGAAGAAUAUGAAAGGAGAAAUCAAGAUUAUAAUGAUAUCUGUGCUAGGAUGGUAUUUAAUCAAUUUAAGCCUCCAAAAUUUAUUAAAGAUCAUGACCAUAUUUAUUGGUUUGGUGAUAUGAAUUAUCGCCUUAUGAGUCUUGAUACUGAGCAAGUUAAAGCAUUUAUUGAUAAAGAGAAUUAUUCUGUAUUACAAGAACAUGAUCAGCUAACAAUACAGCAUGGUUUAAAGAGAGUUUUUGUUGGUUAUUCUGAGGGACCAAUUAAGUUUUUGCCAACAUACAAAUAUGACCCUGGGACCAAUCAGUGGGAUUCAAGUGAAAAGAGUAGACCACCAGCUUGGUGUGAUCGAGUUUUAUGGAAAGGUGAACAUAUGAAGCAAUUAUGUUAUCGAAGUCAUCCGUCAUUACUUAUUAGUGAUCAUAAACCUGUCAGUGCCAUCUUUGAAUCAGGGAUCAAAGUUGUAGAUAACACAAAGUAUAGAAAGAUAUAUGAAGAAGUAUUAAAGAAGCUUGAUAAGUUAGAAAAUGAAUUUUUGCCUCAAGUUACAGUUGAUAAAACAGAGAUUCAUUUUGAUAAGGUUUCUUUCAUUGAAAUGCAGACACAAUAUCUAACAAUUGCAAAUACUGGACAAGUAAGUGAAAUUUAAAUAUUCUGUUUAAAUUUUAAUAUAAUUUAAUGUUAU